AUGAGGUAUAAAGGCAAUGGGAACAUAAGGGAGUACAUUAUAAAAAUAUCCAAUCUCGCAGAUAAAUUAAAAACACUUGAUAUCAAGAUAAAUGAAAAUUUACAUGUACAUUUGGUCACAUUUCUAAAGAAAGCAUUUAGAGUUAUCCAGGAUACCCAUAACGUGCGUUCUAUAUCUCUUCAUCCUUCAGGAGAUUAUCUCUUAGCAGGAACGGAUCAUCCGAUUGCCCACCUAUACGAUGUCAAUACUUUUCAGUGUUUUCUAUCUGCAAAUGUUCCAGAAAUAGGAAAUAAUGGAGCCAUAAAUCAGGUCAGGUAUUCAGCAACAGGCAGUAUGUAUGUCACUGCUUCAAAAGACGGUGCAGUUCGUUUAUGGGAUGGUGUGAGUGCAAAAUGUCUUCGCUCCAUUGUUAAUGCACAUGGCACAGCGGAGGCAACCAGUGCAAAAUUUACAAAGGAUGAAAGGUAUGUUCUCUCUUGUGGAAAGGACUCGAGUGUAAAGCUUUGGGACGUGGGGACGGGGAGAUUGGUCAAACAAUAUGUUGGAGCUACUCAUAUGCAAUUGAGGUGUCAGGCUGUCUUCAAUGAUACUGAGGAGUUUGUGCUAUCAAUAGACGAACCAAGCAAUGAGAUUGUUAUAUGGGAUGCUUUGACAGCAGAGAGAGUAGCAAGGUGGCCUUCGAACCAUGUCGGUGCACCUCGGUGGCUCGAGCACUCACCAACAGAGUCAGCCUUCAUUUCCUGUGGGACCGAUAAAUCGAUACGUUUUUGGAAGGAAAUUCUCUAGUGUUGAGGAGAAGAUGGGAUUGUUUCAUUAUCCAAUCCAAAUGGAGGAUUGAUUAACGGCCAACUACAAAUAUAGCAUAAAUUAGAAGUAUUUCAUUAGUGUCCUAUUUUGCUAUUUUUUACAUGAAUUGACAAAUGGGCAUCAUAAUUUCAUAAAUGUUAUGCCUCGAACACUAUUCCGCCCUCAUUCUGAAUCACAAUCUCCUCCAUUCACGCCUGUGUUCUAAAUACAAAAGGUGGUUCAUUUUUCCAAAUAAAAA